AUGACAAUCAGCUAUUCCAUUCAUCACGACAGUGUUUCGAGUUCUCAUUUCUUGAGAACACUUUUGGAGAAUGGAUUACAAAGCUGCUUUAUUUUAUUUCAUUUUAUCGGCAGUAACAUCAGGAGGGAACGGAGCGCCAAAAUCACGAAAACUGGAACUUCGUGAUGUAUGGAACAAGCGGGCAUCAGAAGAACUGAAUAAACGACUAAACUUACAACAAAAUAACAAUGUUGCCAAAAACAUCGUGAUGUUCAUGGGGGACGGUAUGGGUAUUCCCACGGUCACGGGGGCCAGGAUUUACAAGGGGCAAAUGGCUGGAAACUCGGGAGAGGAGACCGUACUCAGUUUUGAGGAGUUUCCUUAUGUUGGCCUGGCGAAGACUUACAACACAGAUCGUCAAGUACCCGACUCUGCCGCAACAGCCACGGCCAUAUUUACCGGCGUCAAAACGAGGUUCGGGCUUGUUGGUGUCGAUGACAGGGUAAUCAGGGGUGACUGCGACUCCUACCGGCCAGAAAUGGAUUUAAAAACAAUUUUCUUUAUCGCAAAAGAGGCAGGCAAGUCAGUUGCACUGGUGACCACGUCGCGCCUAACCCAUGCAACCCCUUCCGCAGCGUAUGCGCACAGCCCAGAGCGCUGGUGGGAGAAGGACGACAAAGUGCCGAAGGCAUGCAGAGGAAGGGUAGCUGAUGUUGCUAGUCAGUUUGUAACCAAUGCAAAGGAUUUCGACGUGGUUUUUGCAGGUGGCAGAAAGUAUUUCAUUCCAAACUCCGAAUCGGACCCAGAGUAUCCAGAAAAGAUUGGUGGCCGGACUGAUGGACGGAAUCUAAUCAAAGAAUGGGAGGCAGACAAAGCGGGGAGGAAUCUCACUUAUAAAUACGUUUGGAGGAAGAAAGAAUUCGAUCAACUUGAGGCUGGAAAUUAUGAUCGCGUGUUAGGCUUGUUUGACGAAGAUGCCAUGCAGUUCGAGGCAUACCGGAAUAACGAUGGCGCCGGUGAGCCGAGUUUACACGAAAUGACGGAAAUGGCCAUUAAACUGCUGAAGAGGAAUAAGAAUGGAUUCUUUCUCUUUGUAGAAAGUGCGCUCAUUGACUUGGCACACCAUAAAAAACACGCGAAGCUAGCCUUCCACGAGACGGUCGAAAUGGACCGGGCGAUAUCAGCAGCAUCCAGGAUGACCGAUGAGAAGGAUACGUUAACUGUGGUCACGGCCGAUCAUAGUCACGUCAUGACCAUAUCAGGGUAUCCUUUCAGGGGCAACUCCAUUUUAGGUAUCUCAGGGCCGGCCAAGGCGGGGGACGGCAAGCACUACACGACACUCUUCUACGCCAAUGGAGACAGCAAUAAUCACCACAGGAAGGAUCCAAUGCACGAUAACACGGAGGCAUUUUCGUACUCUUUCCAAUCAGGGAUUCCACGUAGCGGAGAGACCCAUGGUGGGGAGGAUGUAUCCGUCCAUGCCAGAGGUCCGUGCUCUCACCUCCUCUCUGGGGUGUAUGAGCAGAAUUAUAUACAACACGCCAUAAUAUAUGCAGCGGGAUUAGGAAGAACUACGUAUAUAAAAACAGUUGAGGCUGCCUCCUCCGUCUCCGCUGCCGCUGACUUUAUUAUUGUCCACAGCGGAUUAUUACUGAUAAGCCAUUUAAUGGCGAAGAUAUUAUUUUGAAAUGUCUUGGAAGAAAUACGGGUCAAGGAAAGGUCUGAUGACCUUACCAUGGAUGGGAUCUGUGUGGGCCAGUCCGCCAUUGUGGAUGGAAGAAUACUCAAAGAAGCCGAGCGCAAAAAGCGGUGCAUCCUUGCAUUCUAAGCAUCGUAUCAAUUCUUGGAAGGAUGACGAAAUUCAACAGAAUGGUGUUUCAGAGGCACUUACCUCAAAUACCAAUAGUUUACAGGGACUAUCUAGCCCAAUACUUGCAGUCGGUUCCAAUUGAUGUCACGUAGUUGCAACCAUAGGGCCGCACAAAGAACGGCCAUUUUGAAGCAGUGUACUGGUGGUUCGUCCGAGUUUCAGUGACUGAGACGAAAUAGGAUGCACACUGAUUGGCUGAGAGAACAUUAAAAUGCUGGUAUCAUUUUUGUAAGGUUUGCUGCAGGUAACAUAUCAGUUGACCACGAUGUGGCAUGAUUGUAUUCCAAUAUCAAAAAUA